AUAAAAUGAUAUGCUGGCUUGAUUUAGUCAAGGAUUUUGACUAAUAAGUAGCCCCCUUAUUCAUCAAACCUCUGUGGCCUAACUCUAACCUUAUAGUUAAUCAUUUUAUCCUAUUGUAAACAAUUAUGAAAAUAAAAGUUGCAGUGUUAUUUUUUCCUUUGCAUCAUGACUGUCUUUUUUAUUUCAAAAUGUAUUGCUGAAUUUGCAGCAAGCCAAUUAUUAUGUGAAUCUCUUAAGUUUGUUUACUAAAUCAACCUUUGACCAAGUUUUAAAACUCAAUUGCUCUUCUUUGACUGUGCAGAAGAAAUUAAAUAUUUACAGGAAAGAAAGAGCUGAAGGCUCACAAGUAAGUUCUGUUUCAUAUGUUCAUGUAAAGAACAAUGGGUUCUUUACCUUCAUUUACCUUUGGAUUAAAAGGCAGCAUAAUUAGAAAGAAGAGAUCUGUGUUUCAAUAUAUUUGCCAGCCAGCUGCAUGGUUUUUACUUACUUUUUUUUUCUGGAGACUUUCAGAUGGAGGGAAGGUGUUGGUAAUACCUAUGGAUGGCAGUCACUGGCUCAGUAUUCAACCAGUUAUGGAACGCCUUCAUCACAGAGGACAUCAAGUAGUAGCUGUUGUUCCUGAUGUUAAUUUGUGGAUGAAACCAUCUGAACAUUACAUAGUGAAAACAUUUGCUGUACCCUAUUCAACAGAAUACUUGAAAAGUGAACUUCAGAAAUUGGGUCAUAAGCUUUUUGUACAUCAGCCUUUCCUGGCAAGAAUCGCUGAGACAUUUGCAAGAAUAAGGAAUAUUACAAUGCUUUACUUAAAUAACUGCAAACAGCUUUUGUACAACAAGGAUUUGAUUACUUACCUUCAAGAAAGCAGAUUCGAUGUUGUAUUUAUAGAUCCAGUGUUUCCAUGUGGACAGAUCGUGGCUGAGUAUUUAUCCAUCCCUUCUCUUUUCUACUUACGUGGAAUUCCAUGUGGUUUAGAUUUUGAGGCAACUAAGUGUCCAAACCCACAUUCUUAUAUUCCCAAAUUCUUUACAGGCAAUACUGAUCAUAUGACAUUUAAUCAACGAGUAAAGAAUUUUUUAGUUGGCUCAUUUCAAUUCAUGAUGUGUUACUUUUUUUACUCACCAUUUGAAGUUUUGAUCAAGGAAUACCUGCAUCAAGAUACGACAGUACCGGAGCUUUAUAGUCAAGCUUCAAUUUGGCUUCUGCGCUACGACUUCGUGUUUGAGUAUCCAAGGCCUAUCAUGCCAAAUAUGGUUUUCAUUGGGGGUAUAAACUGUGCAAGGGGAAAUCCAUUAACAAAGGAAUUUGAAAGCAUAUUGAAUAAAUCUGGUGAAGAUGGAAUUGUGGUGUUUUCCUUGGGCUCAAUGGUUUCUGAAAUUCCAAUGGAAAAAGCCAUGGAAAUUGCUGAAGGAUUGGGUACAGUACCACAGACAGUGCUGUGGAGAUAUACCGGUGAGGCUCCAGCCAACCUUGCCAAUAAUACAAAGCUGUUUAACUGGCUUCCACAAAAUGAUCUACUUGCUCAUCCAAAAACCAGAGCCUUUAUCACACAUGCGGGCUCCCAUGGGAUCUAUGAGGGGAUUUGCCAUGGAGUGCCAAUGGUGUUAAUACCACUUUUUGGAGAUCAAGCAGACAAUGCAGUGCGGAUAGAGUCUCGAGGAGCAGGAGUGAAAUUGGAUGCAAUUAAAAUGACAUCAAAGGACCUGUCUAAUGCACUGAGGACUGUUAUUCUUGAUAAAAGGUAUAAAGAAAACAUUCAGCGUCUUUCAGCUCUUCACUUAGACAGACCCAUUGAACCUCUUGAUCUUGCAGUAUAUUGGGUGGAGUUUGUCAUGAAGCACAAGGGAGCUCCCCAUUUGCGGCCAGCAGCUCAUGACCUCAACUGGAUCCAGUACUAUUCUAUUGAUGUCAUUGCCUCCCUCCUGGCUGCAGCAUUCCUUUUCCUGUUCAUCUCACUGAAGGGUUGUCUGUUUUGCUGCAAGAAGUGUAUCUGCAAAAGUGCAAGACUAAGCAAAAAAAGCAAGUCAAAAUCCCAAUAAUGAGAAAAAAAAGUCAAGUCAGAAUGAGGUAGCGUAUAAAGAAGAAAAGGAGUAUGAAGAAAGGGUGCUUGCUUUUGUUGGAAAGUGGCAAAAAAACACAGAAAAGUGAGGUGCUCUCCUUUGAUGCCUUCAAUCAAAGUAUCAAGGGCUGCCUCUUUGCUCUGCCUGGCAACCUCAUUUUGAUGGAUAUGCUCUCAUGCAGAAUGCCAUGAAAGGCCAGCACAAUGGCUGUUUUAACUUUCCUAAAAGUGUAUCACAACUGUGCUUUGCAAAACUGUGUUAAGGGGUGCUUUAUCAGUGGUUUGGUUAAAGUAAAACAGCUCUUGAAUUUUUCAAAGAGCCUGUUUUUAGGGCAAAUCUUCACAUGAUCUUUUAAAUCAAGCAGAAAACAAAAUAA